AUGCUCGACUCGGCCACAGCAGGCUUAGGGGAGACGGCGCUCUCGGCAUUCGAGGCGAGCAUCAGUGUCUUACUAACCUUGCUUUAUGGCUACCUUGCCGGCAUGUUCGGUAUGAUGACAGAGGAGACCGUCCAUCAGACCUCGAAGAUGUGCACAACACUGUUCCUGCCCUUCCUGGCCAUUUGCUCUAUAGGCCCCAACAUCAACCUCGAGACCAUCGUCAAGCUGUGGCCACUCAUCGCCUGGUCGUUCAUUUCUAUUGGCUUUGGCUUCCUGUUCGGCUACAUCGGACACAGACUGAUUCGUCUGCCAGGCUGGGCAGUCGCAGCGUGCGGUCUCUGCAACGCCAACGCCAUGCCACUCUUGCUACUCCAAUCACUCGAGACGACAGGUUUGCUCGACAAACUCUUGUGGGCAGAUGAGACCACACCGCAAGCACUCAAACGUGGAAAGUCUUAUGUCUUGCUCAACUCUGUGGUACAGCAAGCACUUGCCUUCUCGGCCGGCCUGUGGGCGAUGCGACUCGACGCCGAUGAGCGAGGCAAGAAUGACAUUGACAUUUUGGGUCGCAAUGGCUCCGGACCUGCGCGGCAUCACAUUGUCCAAGAUGAAGCGCACGUCGGUCUGCUCGACCCGCGCACGAGCUUCGGCAGUGAUGACGAAGCGAUCGCGUACGAAGCGCACGCACAGAUUACCAGUCUAGCCAUCGCGACCGAGAACAAAUGGAAGCUUGAACUGCCCGAGGCUAUCACUAAGCCGUGCCGUACAGCAGCAUCGUAUCUCAAUCCACCCAUUGUCGGUGCUGCGAGUGCUGUCAUCCUUGGUCUGACGCCGCCCUUGCAUCAAGUGCUCUUCUCGACCGAUGGUGCUCUGCAUACAUCGCUGUUCCAAAGCUGGAAUAACCUCGGCGAUCUCUUCACUGCGCUCCAAAUGUUCGUUCUCGGCGCACAGCUAUAUCAGAAUCAACGGUCGGCACGGCCAGGCCUAUGGCCGUCCCUCUUCGUGCUCACUUUCCGCUUUAUUCUCAUGCCAGCCUUUUCACUGUCGAUCAUAACACUGCUCACAACACGACAGAUCAUCCAAGGCGACCAGCUCAUGUCAUUCAUCAUGAUGCUCGUGCCAUGCGGGCCAUCUGCAUUACUUCUUGCUAAUCUGGCCACCAUCACGGGUCAGGACGCGGGCGUUGUGGCCGGUUUCCUCGCUCUAUCAUAUGCGCUUUCGCCCCUGAUCGCGGUCGUCGUAGCCGCUGCCGUCAAGAUAUUAGAAAGCAUAGACGCAUAG